UUCUUCACAACGAGAGAAACACUUGAUUACAACGGGAUUUAGGCGUUUGGUUUGUCAUCUCGGGGUUUUUUUUGCAGAGAGGCGGACCCCUGAUAUCCGAAUUGGCUGAUCGAUCAACAAGAAAAGAACAGGCAUCCGCUGCCGCUGUUCCGUUUCCCCGGUGCUAGAGCUGCUGAAUGAACCAAUCAGCGGCAGAGGGAGACUUAAGCGCGUGGGAGUGUCAGAGACUGUUUUGCUGGUAGUGAAACGCAGCGGUUCCGGGUAAACCAUGAUGAAGACAAGCUUACCCUGGGAGUCAUGACAGGGUGGUAACUAGCUGAACUACUUGUCUGAAUUGCGUAGAUUCACGAGAAGUAACCAUGGUACCUACAGAUUUCAAAGCGCUAGUCCAGCGCUUUUAUGUCCUGCAGACUGAACGCGUGGAAGCUUACAGGCUGUUCGAGGAGGGUUACGAGGCCUAUCUGAGGACCGGGCCUCACUAUGACUUCGAUCAUUACCGGCAGCUGGUGCACGAGAUAACGCUGGCUUUCUGCGGAAUGUCCAACGAGGUUCUGGAGAUCAAGCAACGACUGCAGCGUGAACACGCCCGGCCCGACCUCGCAGAACACGUAGACAAGCUGCAGGAGAAGGAGAAGCAGAAACUGGAGCUGACGGCCAGGCUGCAGCUGGCCAGGCAGCGGGCACAGGAUCAUCCCGAGGACCUGAGCUGUGAGGAGCAGAUCCAACACAUCAGGCAGGAAAUCAUCAGGAACAGGGGGGUUCUGAGUGACAUCAUGCAGGACUUCAAAUAUGACUCUGAGGAGUCUGAGUGACACAAGCUCUGAGACUCCGCCCCUCUCCCUCCACCUCCCUCCACCGCCCCCUCCUCCUCCCCCUGCAGACACAGAUGGAUGGACCCUCUCCAGCUCUCCUCCUUCUCGGUUAUUGAUCUUUUUCUUCACCUGACACUGCAGUUUCCUACUGCCUUCUCCUCUGUGUGUGUGUGUGUCUGUGUGUGUGGGGACGACGACUGUGUGUGUGU